AUGCUUGAAAGUGCAUUGUAUUACAAGAAAUCUUUAAUUCAUUUUCAGAAAGUUGAUGCAAACUAUAUUCAUUGUCCUACUGCAGAAGAAUGGGCUAAAAUUGAAAAAAAUUUCAAGUUUUUAAAAGUUUUUUAUGAAGCUACUCUUGCUUUUUCUGGGACUAAAUAUCCUAUUGCUAACUUAUACUUUCCUAAUGUGUUGAGGGUAAGAUUGCUUUUAAAAAGUGAGAUGGAGAGUACGGAUGGUUUUAUGAAGAAAAUGGCUUGUAAGAUGUAUGAAAAAUUUGGGAAAUAUUGGAGUGAUUUUAGCAUUAUUAUGGCAGUCGCUAUUGUGUUAGAUCUUAGGUUUAAGCUUCAAUUUGUUCAAUGGAGCUUCAAAAAAGUUUAUGGAGAUGGUGUUGAUUAUGAGGAAGAAGUGGCUAAGGUGAGGGAGAAAACACAAGAAAUUUAUAAUAUCUAUGCUCUUAAACUAUCUGCAACUUCUCCAAGACAAAAAUAUGAAAGUUUACAUGUUGGAAAUAUUGAAGAUGCUACCGAUGAGUUUAUGACCGUAAACUUUGAUAGUUUCUCUAAUGAACAUACUGUGAGUAUGAAAUCUGAUUUGGAGAUGUAUUUUGAGGAACAACUAGUGCCUCGUUCAGUUAAUCUUGAUAUUCUUGCGCAUUGGAAGGCAAAUGUAUCUCGUUAUCCGGUACUUUCUUUAAUGGCUAGAGAUAUUCUUGCCAUUCCUAUAUCUACCGUGGCUUCCGAAUCUGCCUUUAGCAUUGGUGGUCGGGUACUUGAUUGCUAUCGAAGUGCUUUGAAGCCAAAUAUUGUCCAAGCUAUUGUUUGUCUAAAGGAUUGGACAUUUGAAGGAGCAAAAAUGGAAUCACAAUUGGAUGAGCUUUGUGGGAUGGUAAUGAAGAUUAAAGUUGAAGAAGAAGAAGACAUAUCUUGCCCUAGUCCAAGUCCAAGUCCAAGUCCAAGUCCAUGUCAAAGUUUCGAUCAACAUGAAUUCAGCUCAAAAGCAUCUUCCUUAGCCACCAUAUUUUAG